UAGGUUUAUUGUUGCUUGUGAGCUGCUGUAAUGGCGGUGUCUCGUCGCUCAGCAGCGCAGCAGCAACAGACUAGUUUACAAUCUCCGCCGAGAAACAGCACAGUCUCGGGUGCCGCUUCGGCUGUUACGCCGAUGGCAGGGAUCGGCUCGCCGCAUGAAACCGAGCGGGAAUGCAGCGGAGCGAUAGAAGGCGCUCUGGCCUCUCCGGACCUGCCUGCCCCGGUCCUGGCGAGCAGCGCCAGCUCAAGCACGACAACCUCCGGUGGUAGCGCCGUCUCCAGCCCUGGCUCCGGGGCUACAAGCCCCGCCGACGGUAUUAGCGGAAUCGGCGGAGCCUUCCGGGAGUUGUUCGAAGCCUGUCGCAAUGGAGAUGUGUCGAGAGUGAAGCGGCUCGUCGACUCUGUGAACGUAAACGCAAAAGAUAUGGCUGGCCGAAAAUCCACUCCUCUGCAUUUCGCUGCGGGUUUUGGUAGGAAGGAUGUGGUGGAGCAUCUGCUACAAACCGGGGCAAAUGUCCAUGCUAGGGAUGAUGGGGGACUCAUCCCACUGCAUAAUGCCUGCUCCUUUGGCCAUGCUGAAGUUGUGGGCCUCCUUUUGCGCCAGGGUGCAGACCCCAAUGCCAGAGAUAAUUGGAACUACACUCCUCUGCAUGAGGCAGCCAUCAAAGGGAAGAUAGAUGUGUGCAUAGUGUUACUCCAGCACGGAGCCGAUCCAAACAUUCGCAACACUGAUGGAAAAUCGGCACUAGAUCUUGCCGACCCUUCUGCGAAGGCAGUGCUUACAGGAGAAUACAAGAAGGAUGAACUCCUCGAAGCAGCAAGGAGCGGAAAUGAAGAAAAACUGAUGGCUCUUCUGACUCCCUUAAACGUUAACUGUCAUGCCAGUGAUGGUCGAAAGUCAACAUCUCAAAAAAUGCUGUCAACGCCCCUCCACUUAGCUGCUGGCUACAACAGAGUCCGUAUUGUUCAACUCCUCCUUCAGCAUGGAGCUGACGUUCACGCCAAGGACAAGGGCGGCCUGGUUCCUCUUCAUAAUGCUUGUUCUUAUGGUCACUUUGAAGUUACUGAGCUCCUGCUUAAGCACGGUGCAUGCGUCAACGCUAUGGAUUUGUGGCAGUUCACUCCCCUCCACGAAGCAGCAUCCAAGAACCGUGUGGAAGUUUGCUCCUUGUUGCUGAGUCACGGUGCUGACCCAACCCUACUCAACUGUCACAGCAAAAGUGCUGUGGACAUGGCCCCAACUCCAGAGUUGAAAGAGAGGCUAACCUAUGAGUUCAAAGGUCAUUCACUUCUGCAAGCAGCUCGUGAAGCUGACAUGACCAAAGUGAAGAAGACCCUGGCUUUGGAAAUCAUCAGCUUCAAACAUCCCCAAACCAAUGAAACCGCUCUGCAUUGUGCAGUGGCUUCACCCCACCCAAAAAGGAAACAAGUGACCGAGUUGCUUCUGCGUAAAGGUGCCAAUAUUAACGAGAAGAACAAAGACUUUAUGACUCCUUUGCAUGUUGCUGCUGAGAGAGCACACAAUGAUAUUCUGGAGGUCCUGCAGAAACAUGGAGCAAAGGUGAAUGCUGUGGACACACUAGGACAGACAGCUCUGCACCGGGCUGCUCUUGCCGGACACAUCCAAACCUGCAAGCUGCUACUAAGCUAUGGGGCCGACCCAUCCAUUGUGUCACUGCAGGGUUUUACUGCUGCUCAGAUGGGAAACGAAGCUGUGCAGCAGAUUCUCAACGAAAAUGUUCCUACACGAAACUCUGAUGUGGACUACAGAUUUCUUGAGGCAGCUAAAGCAGGAGAUCUGGACACGGUGCAACAACUGUGCACCCCUCAAAAUGUGAACUGUCGGGAUCUGGAGGGUCGUCACUCCACUCCUCUUCAUUUUGCUGCUGGUUACAACCGAGUGGCUGUGGUGGAAUACCUGCUUCACCAUGGAGCGGAUGUCCAUGCUAAGGACAAGGGCGGCCUGGUUCCUCUUCACAAUGCAUGUUCGUAUGGACACUAUGAGGUUGCUGAGCUGCUGGUGAGACAUGGAGCCUCAGUCAAUGUCGCCGACCUUUGGAAGUUCACACCACUUCACGAGGCAGCAGCAAAGGGAAAAUAUGAGAUUUGCAAAUUGCUGCUCAAACAUGGAGCAGAUCCCUCAAAGAAGAACCGUGAUGGCAAUAUGCCACUCGACAUGGUGAAGGAUGGAGACACUGACAUCCAGGACCUGCUGAGGGGUGAUGCUGCGCUGUUGGAUGCUGCCAAAAAAGGCUGCCUGGCUCGUGUCCAGAAACUUUGCUCCCCAGAGAACAUCAACUGUAGAGACACUCAGGGCCGUAACUCGACACCACUUCACCUGGCAGCUGGGUAUAACAACCUUGAAGUUGCUGAAUAUCUGCUGGAACAUGGCGCAGACGUCAACGCCCAAGACAAGGGAGGUCUUAUACCUCUACAUAAUGCUGCUUCCUAUGGCCAUGUAGACAUCGCUGCCCUGCUCAUCAAAUAUAAUACAUGUGUGAAUGCCACAGACAAAUGGGCUUUCACACCCCUGCACGAAGCAGCCCAGAAGGGGCGCACACAGUUAUGUGCCCUGCUGCUGGCUCACGGGGCUGAUCCAACUAUGAAGAACCAAGAAGGCCAGACAGCCCUGGACCUGGCCACGGCCGAUGACAUUAGAGCCCUCCUUAUGGACGCCAUGCCCCCAGAUGCUCUACCGAGCUGCUUCAAGCCACAGGCCACAGUGGUCAGCGCCUCCGUCAUCUCCCCGGCCUCCACACCGUCUUGCUUAUCAGCUGCCAGCAGUAUAGACAACCUGGCCGGGCCGCUGAAUGAGCUGGCCAGCGGUGCUGCUGCUGGGAGCUCAGGAGUGGCAGACGGAGCCGCGGGGAAUGACCGCAAAGAAGGAGAAUUGACAGUGCUGGACAUGAACAUCAGCCAAUUCCUGAAGAGUUUGGGCCUGGAGCACUUGAGGGACAUUUUUGAAAGAGAGCAGAUCACUUUGGAUGUCCUUGUUGACAUGGGCCACGAGGAGCUCAAGGAAAUCGGAAUCAACGCCUACGGGCACCGUCACAAACUUAUCAAGGGUGUUGAGAGGCUGCUGGGUGGUCAGCAAGGUGCCAAUCCAUAUCUGACAUUCCACUGUGCCAACCAGGGCACAAUACUUAUAGACCUUGCCCCAGAUGACAAGGAGUAUCAGUCGGUGGAGGAGGAAAUGCAGAGCACCAUCAGAGAACACAGAGAUGGUGGCAAUGCAGGCGGCGUGUUCAGCAGAUACAACAUCAUUAAGAUCCAAAAAGUGGUGAACAAGAAGUUGAGGGAACGUUACACACACAGGCAGAAGGAGAUUGCAGACGAGAACCACAACCAUCAUAACGAGCGCAUGCUGUUUCAUGGUUCUCCAUUCAUCAAUGCCAUCAUACACAAAGGAUUUGAUGAGCGUCACGCUUACAUUGGAGGAAUGUUCGGGGCAGGCAUUUACUUCGCUGAGAACUCCUCCAAGAGCAACCAGUAUGUUUACGGCAUUGGUGGGGGUACAGGAUGUCCAACACACAAAGACCGGUCCUGCUACCUGUGCCACAGACAGAUGUUGUUCUGCCGGGUGACUCUAGGAAAGUCCUUUCUACAAUUCAGUGCCAUGAAAAUGGCUCACGCUCCCCCAGGACACCACUCUGUGAUUGGGCGGCCUAGCGUUAAUGGCUUGGCUUAUGCCGAGUACGUGAUUUACAGAGGCGAGCAGGCCUUCCCAGAGUACCUCAUCACCUACCAGAUAUUAAAACCAGAGAGUGCAGCCCAGUCUGCUGCAGGAGCUGAGCAGAAGUCAUAGUUGGUCCCACACAAACUCAAUUUUCAACCUCUUGUUGACAGUAAAACAGAGACAGUCACGUGACACAUUUCCAGUUUUGUCCUCCAUUGGAUGCUUACUUAGAGAGCAAAUACGCUGUGUAAUACUCUUCUUUUCCUCUUUACUUGUUGUGCAUCAGUUGCAUGUUAACACAGGAGCAUGUUUGGCCCAGUAGUGUGUGGGUCACUUCUCUUAAUAGUUUGCCAACCUUUUCGUAUCAUGCUUGAAGCCUGUGGACAACCACCGACCUUGUUGUUGUGCAAGGUUUAGAUUUUUUUUUUCUUAUUUAAAUGUGGACUAAGAGUAUAACCAUAUUUGAGUUCAUGCUGUACAGGUGAUUUAAGGCAAACACUAUUAUAAAAGAAAACGGUGAAAAUCAACAUCCUGUAAUGUUGACUCUGAAUUUAAGGAAAACAACGGUUUUUAAUGUUUUUCUUAAACAUGUUGCACAACUUGCGGGAAGGUUGAUAGGUUUAGAAUCGGAUUACAACAUUGUUGUAACUGACAGCACACCCAAUAACACAGCUUGAAAGCAAUCUGGAACACCCACCCAAUAUUAAGGGUAUUCUACACGUAUGAAUGCUGUACACUUAAAGCAUUAUAUAUGAGGACUAGUUUAGUAUUGAAACAUGCUUGUGAUGUUUUAAUUGAUAGUCAGUGAAUUCAUCAAAGCAUCCCUCUUGUCACCGUUGGUCUUCUUUCAAGCAUAAGAAUUUGCACUUUUACAUAGAAACUUAUUUAAGUUAUUUUGAAUUUAAAUUGAAUUUUUUCAGGAAAAAAAAUAUUUGUACAGGUUGUGUAAAUGUUUGUUUAUAACUGUUUAACAGUAUCAUGUGUUGAACAUAAGUUUUUUUUUCUUUUCCUUUUAUGCCUUCUCUACCCCCUCCUUUUUGUUUUGUUUUGAUUUUUUUUUUUUUUUAAUAAAUGUCACAUUAACAACAAUAUGUUGUGUUUUCCUUUUCAAACAAGCAUUAAUUUAACAGAGUUCUUUAAACAUUCACAUCUGGAUGAAGUGAACUAAGGCUGCAACAACUAAUCGAUUAAAAUCGAUUAAUAAAUUAGUUGCCAACUAAUUUGAUAAUCGAUUUUUGCCGGCAGCCAUGAGCAGUCCCGUUUGGGUCCUUGUUUGUGAGUAAUGUGAGGCUGCUCAUGCACUUGUGCCAGUGAUUAGAGCAAGAAAGAGAGAGCGUUCACUGCUGAAAUUGCUGUUGAGUUGCUGAAUAAUAAUACGACGUGUCGUGAGUUAGGUUGUCUUUUGUGUUGUUAGAUCCAGUGUGCCUCCAUCAGAGGUGAGUAAAUGAAGCCAAUUACUAGUAUAUUUAUAUUCUUUGUUGAGCCGUUACUACUUAGCACGGCGCGCUAAGCUAGUUAGUGAUUAUGCUAAUUGGUGUUUUAAGUGUCCGUUUGUGUUUUGGAGAAGCAUAUAAGCACUUGAGUUAUUGUUAGAUAAAGUUGUCUGGUUUGUUUUUAUAAAGAAACCACGCACAUAAACCCACUGAUAUAACAGCUUUCAACUCCCGUUCAAACUACAUUGUCAUACAAGAGAGUGUUCUUUGAAAUUUAAUUUGAAAUGUAUUUAUGAACUUUUUGAUAAGAAAACUGAUUCAUUACAGUCUGCCUCCCCUAAUUUGAUUUUGUUCCGUAGGGUUUUUUUUGUUUGUUUUUGUUUUGUUUUUAAGAAAAUUAGACAUUGACACAAUUUAUUUCAGCGCUUUGCCCACAAG